AUGCAUUGUUUACCGCCUAAGCCACGCUAUAAGACCUCGCAAGAAGAACCAGAUGAUAACUCUUUGGCAAGAAGAUCAACUCGAUUCGCAUUUGCUCAAUUGGACACCAAUAGCAUUCAAAACCAUUGGACAACACAAGAAAAAGCGGCAUUCGUUUGGGUACAAUUGUACAUCAUCAUGUCCAUGUUACCAUCCGAAGAAGCAUUCAAUAUCACCAUCAAUCAUGACCAUCUUACUCGUGAUUUGAUUCAAGCGCUUUUGGAUGCUAAUUUAGCCAUUCCACAUCCUAUCCCGGGUAAAUUGGACGAACCUGCAAAAUUGAUCACCUAUCGUUCAAUCUUUUGGCAAUCUGCUUUUCCGUUCUCGCAUAAUCCAUGGUUAUCGGCAAUUGGACAUUGGCAAAAAUCACCUGUGGAUAUCGUGCAUGACGUACCUGCUCUUUUGAACGAUGCAGCAAAUGUCUAUCAUCCACGUAGACCACGCAAGCCAACGGUACGUGAUGGUCCUGUAUAUACGAGACAUAUCUUGGAACUUGGACAAACAUUAACAUUUGAACCGAUUUCAAGUGAAGAUGCGGAAUUUGUUAGAUUGUUUACAAAAUGGCAAAAUGAUGAACGUGUUGCGAUCGGAUGGCGUCAAAAAGGUGGAGAAGAAGUUCAAAAGAGAUAUUUACAAAGUAUUGAAGCAAAUCCGAGUACGAUUGGUUUGGUAGGAAAAUGGGAUGGAGAACCUUGGGGUUAUGUGGAAGUGUAUUGGGCCAAGGAGAGUAAUAUCGGUCGAUUCUACAAUGCAGAAGAUUAUGAUCGUGGUUUUCAUGCUUUGGUGGGUGAACAACGUUUUCGUGGUCCACAUCGGGUACGUAGUUGGAUGGGAAGUUUGAUUCAUAUGUUAUUCGUUCAAGAUGCAAGAACACAAAGGGUUGUUUUGGAACCAAGAGCAACGAAUGCGGUUAUGAUAAAUUAUGCAACGAUGUGUGGUGGACAUGUAGAAAAGUUGAUCGAUUUACCACAUAAACGUGCAGCUUUGGUCAUUUGUCCAAGAGAAGGUUUCUUUCAAUUAUGCCCUUUGGGACCUUUGACGACUAUCAAUACGGCUUAUCCACGUCAUUAUCAAAAACAAUCAUCCGAAACGCAAACGCAAAAGAAGCCAGAAGAAGGCGUAAAGAAAGCGUAA